AUGCAGCCAACUCAGGGAGGGGUGUCCUUUGAGGAGGUGGCUGUGUAUUUCACCCAGGGAGAGUGGGCCCUGCUGUGCCCAGCCCAAAGAGCUCUGUACAAUGAAGUCAUGCUGGAGAAUUUUGGGAACGUGGCUUCCCUGGGGGAGAAACCAUAUGAAUGCCUGGUGUGUGAGAAAAGGUUCAGUCAAAGAGGAAACCUUACUACCCAUCAAAGGAUUCACACAGGGGAGAAACCAUAUAAAUGCCUGGAGUGUGGGAAGAGCUUCAAUGUCAGUAAAACGUUUACUGUCCAUCAAAGAAUUCACACAGGGGAGAAACCAUAUACGUGUCUGGAGUGUGGGAAAAGUUUCAGUGAGAGUGGAAGCCUUACUUCCCAUCAAAGAAUUCACACAGGGGAGAAACCAUAUGAAUGCCUGGAGUGUGGGAAAAGUUUCAGGCAAAGAGGAAACCUUACUACCCAUCAAAGGAUUCACACAGGGGAAAAACCAUAUAAAUGCCUGGAGUGUGGAAAAAGUUUCAGUGAGAGUGGAAGCCUUACUUCCCAUCAAAGAAUUCACACAGGGGAGAAACCAUAUGAAUGCCUGGAGUGUGGAAAAAGCUUCCGUAAGCAUUCACAUUUUACUUCCCAUCAACGAACUCACAUAGGGGAGAAACCAUAUACAUGCCUGGAGUGUGGGAAAAGUUUCAGUCAAAGAGGAAACCUUACUACCCAUCAAAGGAUUCACACAGGGGAGAAACCAUAUAAAUGCCUGGAGUGUGGGAAGAGCUUCAAUGACAGUCAAACGUUUACUGUCCAUCAAAGAAUUCACACAGGGGAGAAACCAUAUACAUGCCUGGAGUGUGGGAAAAGCUUCCGUAAGCGUUCACAUAUUACUUCCCAUCAACGAACUCACAUAGGGGAGAAACCAUAUACAUGCCUGGAGUGUGGGAAAAGUUUCAGUCAAAGAGGAAACCUUACUACCCAUCAAAGGAUUCACACAGGGGAGAAACCAUAUAAAUGCCUGGAGUGUGGGAAGAGCUUCAAUGACAGUAAAACGUUUACUGUCCAUCAAAGAAUUCACACAGGGGAGAAACCAUAUACAUGCCUGGAGUGUGGGAAAAACUUCAGUCGGAAUCACAGUCUUACUUCCCAUCAAAGGAUACACACAGGAGAGAAACCAUAUAAAUGCCUGGAGUGUGGGAAAAGCUUCAAAAGCAGUGGAUACCUUACUACCCAUCAAAGGAUUCAUACAGGGGAGAAACCAUAUAAAUGUCUGGUGUGUGGAAAGAGCUUCAGUGAGCGUCGAAGCCUUACUGUCCAUCAAAGAAUUCACACAGGGGAGAAACCAUAUAAAUGCCUGGAGUGUGGAAAAAGCUUCAGUAAGAGUGGAAACCUUACUUCUCACCAACGAACUCACACAGGGGAGAAGCCAUAUCAGUGUUUGGAAUGUGGGAAAAGCUUCAGUGACAAUGGAAGCCUUACUUCUCAUCAAAGGAUUCACACAGGGGAAAAGCCAUAUAAAUGCCUGGAGUGUGGGAAAAGCUUCAGUGGGAGUAGAGACCUUACUUCUCAUCAAAGAAUUCAC